AUGGUUUAUUGUGAUUCAAGAGGUAAUUGUAACAGUCCUUAUUCAUCUUCUUUUUCCAGAAUUGGUUUUGUGUUUGUUCUUAAUACAAAUGAUGAAGUUGAUGGAGCAAAUGAUGCUGGAGUUGCUCUUUGGCGAGCUUUCAACUAUAUUGCAGAAGAAUUUGAUAUAUCAGAAGCAUUUAUUUCUAUAGUACAUAUGUACCAAAAAGUGAAGAAGGAUCAAAAUAUACUCACUGUGGACAAUGUGAAGAGUGUUCUCCAAAAUACAUUUCCUCAUGCUAAUAUUUGGGAUAUUUUGGGAAUUAAUUCUAAAUAUGAUGAAGAAAGAAAGACUGGAGCAAGCUUUUAUAAGAUGACUGGCCUGGGACCUUUGCCUCAAGCUCUUUAUAAUGGUGAACCCUUUAAACAUGAAGAGAUGAAUAUUAAAGAACUAGAAAUGGCUGUUCUUCAAAGAAUGAUGGAUGCAUCUGUAUAUUUACAAAGAGAAGUUUUUUUGGGCACGUUAAAUGAUCACACGAAUGCAAUUGAUUUUCUAAUGGAUAGGAAUAAUGUUGUACCCCGUAUAAAUUCUUUGAUUUUGCAUGCUAACCAGCAGUACCUCAAUUUAAUAUCUACAUCAGUAACUGCUGAUGUUGAAGAUUACUCUACUUUCUUUUUCUUGGAUUCACAAGAUAAGAGUGCUGUAAUUGCGAAGAACAUGUAUUAUUUAACCCAAGACGAUGACAGUAAAAUUUCUGCAGUCACUCUCUGGAUUAUUGCAGAUUUUGAUAAGCCUUCUGGGAGGAAACUUCUUUUUAAUGCAUUAAAGCACAUGAAAACAAGUGUUCAUAGUCGAUUGGGGAUUAUUUAUAAUCCUACAUCAAAAAUAAAUGAAGAGAACACAGCUAUUUCUAGAGGAAUUUUGGCAGCUUUUCUUACACAGAAGACCAGGUUUUUGAGAAGCUUUCUUGGGCGACUGGCAAAGGAAGAAACUGCUACAGCUAUUUACUCUGGAGAUAAAAUUAAAACAUUCCUUAUUGAGGGGAUGAAUAAGAAUGCUUUUGAGAAAAAAUAUAACACUGUUGGAGUGAAUAUUUUUCGAACUCACCAGUUGUUCUGUCAAGAUGUACUUAAAUUGCGUCCUGGAGAAAUGGGUAUUGUCAGCAAUGGGAGAUUUUUAGGACCUUUAGAUGAAGAUUUGUAUGCAGAAGAUUUUUACUUGUUGGAAAAGAUAACAUUUAGUAAUUUAGUAGAGAAAAUUAAAGACAUUGUUGAAAAUAUGGGAAUCAACUCAAAUAACAUGAGUGACUUUAUUAUGAAAGUUGAUGCCCUUAUGUCCUCUUUGCCUAAGCGUGCAUCUCGAUAUGAUGUCACAUUUCUUAGGGAGAAUCACAGUGUUAUAAAGAUGAAUCCUCAAGAGAAUGAUAUGUUCUUCGAUGUCAUCGCUAUUGUUGAUCCAUUGACAAGAGAAGCACAGAAAAUGGCACAAUUAUUGGUUGUACUUGGCAAGAUUAUCAACAUGAAGAUAAAGUUGUUCAUGAACUGUAGGGGCAGGCUUUCAGAAGCCCCUUUAGAGAGCUUUUACCGUUUUGUUCUGGAACCAGAACUGAUGUCAGGGGCUAAUGACGUUUCUUCUCUGGGACCAGUGGCAAAAUUUUUGGAUAUUCCUGAAUCACCCCUCCUAACCCUCAACAUGAUUACUCCAGAAGGCUGGUUGGUUGAAACAGUACACAGCAACUGUGACCUUGAUAAUAUUCACUUAAAGGAUACUGAGAAAACUGUUACAGCAGAAUAUGAACUAGAAUACUUACUCCUCGAAGGACAUUGCUUUGAUAAAGUGACAGAACAGCCUCCUCGGGGUCUGCAGUUCACACUAGGCACAAAAAAUAAACCAGUUGUGGUUGAUACAAUAGUGAUGGCCAAUCAUGGGUAUUUUCAAUUAAAAGCAAACCCAGGUGCUUGGAUACUGAGGUUACACCAAGGAAAAUCUGAAGAUAUUUAUCAAAUAAUUGGGCAUGAAGGAACUGACUCUCAAGCAGACCUAGAAGAUAUCAUUGUUGUAUUAAACAGCUUCAAAAGCAAGAUACUGGAAGUAAAAGUGAAAAAAGAAACAGGCAAAAUUAAGGAAGAUAUCCUUACUGAUGAAGAUGAAAAAACAAAAGGAAUGUGGGAUUCCAUUAAAAGUUUCACAAUAAGGUUGCAUAAAGAAGAAAAAAAGGAAAAAGAUGUCCUAAACAUUUUUUCAGUUGCUUCUGGUCAUUUAUAUGAACGUUUUUUAAGAAUUAUGAUGCUUUCUGUUUUGCGUAACACCAAAACACCAGUGAAAUUCUGGUUGCUAAAAAAUUAUCUCUCACCGACAUUUAAAGAAGUAAUUCCUCAUAUGGCUAAAGAAUAUGGAUUCCAAUAUGAACUAGUUCAAUAUAGGUGGCCCCGUUGGCUUCGUCAACAGACUGAAAGACAAAGAAUUAUUUGGGGUUACAAAAUUCUUUUCCUUGAUGUUCUUUUCCCACUAGCAGUGGACAAAAUCAUUUUUGUUGAUGCUGACCAGAUUGUGAGACAUGAUCUAAAAGAACUUCGAGAUUUCGAUCUGGGUGGAGCUCCUUAUGGGUAUACUCCAUUUUGUGAUAGCCGCAGGGAAAUGGAUGGAUAUCGUUUCUGGAAAACAGGAUACUGGGCAUCACAUCUUUUAAGACGGAAAUACCAUAUCAGUGCUUUAUAUGUAGUGGAUCUCAAGAAGUUCAGGAGAAUUGGAGCAGGUGACAGGCUCAGGGGCCAGUACCAAGCUCUCAGCCAAGAUCCAAACAGUCUUUCAAACCUAGAUCAGGAUCUCCCCAAUGAUAUGAUUUACCAAGUUGCCAUUAAGUCUCUUCCUCAAGACUGGCUGUGGUGUGAAACCUGGUGUGAUGAUGAAUCCAAACAAAGAGCCAAAACAAUUGAUCUGUGCAAUAAUCCCAAAACAAAAGAACCCAAACUAAAAGCUGCUGCCAGAAUUGUCCCAGAAUGGGUGGAGUAUGAUGCUGAGAUAAGACAACUGUUAGAUCAUCUUGAAAACAAGAAGCAAGAUACAAUUUUGACACAUGAUGAACUCUAGCACUGGUUUAUAUGAGAAGGAAGGCGAAAGCAUGACAGGAAACCUGACGCCUGCUGGGGAAGUGUGAAGCCCCUGCUGAGACAAUUUGGAAGUCUCAUGAAGAUCAGUGACAUAUUCUUUAAUUUUAAAAAUUUGUAAUUAUUUAAAACAGGUAUUUAAUGUAUUGAAUAAGUUUAAGUUAUAUAAUAAACGACCAUUGAGUAUUUAAAA